CCCCAACCAGAGAAUUUAUAACAAUUCUUCACCACAAGCAAGAAGAAGGCCUUUGAGCAAGACGAUAUGUAAAUAUCCUACCACUCGAGUUGUCUCAAUGAGCUUUCUUGACAGUGUAUAUUGAUGUUCGCUAAAAGACGCAUUUGAUAACGUGACAAAAGCUUUGAUUGUUGUCUGGCCCGGUGGAAAGACAUGCCACAUCAUCGUCCUCCGCAACGGAGUGCGAAAUAGUCUGGAAUUCACUUUCCAAAGCGACACGAUGACAGCAAGGCUGAAGUGAAAGUACGUCCUGAAAUUCACUCAAAUGGAAAAUGGAUCGUUUCGCGCGUAGCUGCACCUCAACCCGCACAAUAAAGCAUUGUCUUUUGAUGUUGAGCUGCUUCUUCCUUCCCCUUCCUUUCAAGCUAUUGAAAUUCGAUCUCGAUCUCAACCAAAAGAUCUUGGAUACCUAAAAACCAACAAAUCCACUGUGACUGUGCUGAAGCGCACCUCAUCCUACAUAGAGCCAAUGAUCACAGCCACCAUGGCAAACGCAGCCCGCACGGUCAUCAACCCCGCCGAAGACCCCCGCCUUAACGGUGACGAGAUCCCCACCUACCUCUUCAAAGCCUGCCAACGCUGGUCCGACAAAUCGCCCAGCUCCCCUUCACUCAAGGGCUUCCGAGCCGCAAGCAGCGGAAUAGAGCCUCACGAGGAGAACCGCGACUCUUUCCCAGCAUCUAAACUCCACCUUGAGGCUUUCUACGACAAGUACUGUGGAAUCAUGGAUAAUCAGGAUACAUUCCAGACAACGACACAUGUGCAAUUCGUUGGCCUGUACUCCAAGAGAACUCUUGCUGAGUGGGAGGCGGAGCUUCUGAGAAAGGGAUCGGACACGGAGUAUAGAGUUUACUGUGUUCGUGGCGCGAGCCUUAGAGAUAUGGGUGUCUCAAUCAUAAGAGGUAGAGCCACUGUGAGCAUUGGCCGGGGUUUGCAUACAGAGGUAGUCCACACGAACAGUAUGGUUGGUGAGGAGUUUCUGGUAUGGGGACGGGUUCCGGUGGAGGCGAUCUUGGGAAGUUGGGGUGCCGAUGGUGUCAUGCAAUUCGCCAGAGCUCGGCAAGACGCUGAACGCAAGCGUGAUAAGCAAGGAUUCGUACCCUAUAUCGACAAGUUCCAGCCGGGUUCCGAAGUGAGUGGUGAGGAAGCUCUUGCUUUUGCAGAUUCUUCAAUACAACAAACCCAAGCUCGAAGGUUGGCUUCUUCAUCAAAGACCUCGGAGAAGCGACCUCAACUGAGCCUUCCCUUCCCACCGCUGAUGACAUCGAUUCAUCCUCCUACUGCCCUCGGCCGUCCAACCCAUAGGAAAACCCGAGUACUUGCUCCACCACCACCCAUCAAUCCACGACAAGCACCUCAUACUAAGAUGGUAGCGUCCGCUGGCCCAUUGCACAAUCCCUCAUACCAAUUGCCUAGCGCGGUGAAGGUUUUGACUCAUGCUUCCCAACAGCAACAAUAUCAAUCGCCAUACGAGGGAGCCAGAGAAAGCGCACGCUUCAACCAAGAGGCAUUACAACAAAUGACGCUUUGUACCUCAACAGGUGCUCGUUCGGUCAACAUUUCCAGCCAAUCAAGAAUUACACAGUCUCCACCACUACAGAAAGAACUUCGCGGACCACAAUACGGCACAACUGGCCAGAUGGGUGGGACAGUAAACGUGGAUCAAACGAAAGUAGAGAAGCGUCAAGAUAUCGAGGCUAAGUCAUAUUGGAGGACUGAGGAUGACGAUAGGGCUGGUGAUUGA